CCAUCUGGUAAAGUAGUCUCAAUCUAGAUAGAACCAUGAAACUGAUCGCAGUCACCAUCAUCGCUUGCAUCCUGCUCAUUGGAUUCUCCGAUCUAGCCCUGGGUGGUGCCUGUGAGUGCCAACCGUGUGGUCCUGGUGGAAAGGCCUGCACGGGCUGUCCCGAAAAGCCCCAACUUUGUCAGCAGCUCAUUAGCGAUAUUCGCAAUCUCCAGCAGAAGAUCCGGAAAUGCGUCUGCGGAGAACCACAAUGGAUGAUUUAGACACCAAUCACUUUUAAAGAUCACAAAAAUUCUUCCUUAAUAAAAUUGUUAUUACUGCUUC